GGCAUUAUUUUCCCUCUUCGGAGGAAAUAGCAAAUCAAUGCCACCCUUUCUCCCAAGCAUGUUUCUCUUCUAGUAAAGGAGGCUCCACCUCUGCCAGGGACUGAUUCGCCCAGCAGUUUUUAGGAUAAUUUAUGGAGCAACCUGAUGAGCCUAUUGGGCGAGUUGCUCGCUCCUUGUAGAGUGGGUUCCUACCUGUUUGGGUGGUUUAUUUUAUUUUAUUUUAUUUUAUCUCCCCCCCCCCUCCCCUUUCCUACCCCUCCUUCUGCCUGCCGUGUGCCGGUGUGUGUUGGGGGGGACGCACGGUGCGAUUGGCAAGGUCGCUAUUCCCCAUCCUCUCCGGAGAAAACUCGGGGAAGGGAGAGAGCCUUCAGCCUCAUGGAUGCGUGGGGGAGCCCCGCGCCCCUCUGGAGCCGCCGCCGCGGGGCCCGGCUGCUGCUGUUGCUGCUGACGGUGCGGCUGGGGAGCGGAGCUGAUAAAGCAGAUGACGAGGAUGAUGAAGAUCUAACUGUGAACAAAACAUGGGUCCUUGCACCCAAGAUUCAUGGUGGGGAUGUAACUCACAUCCUGGACUCCUUGCUUCAAGGAUAUGAUAACAAGCUCCGGCCAGAUAUUGGGGUGAGAACUACAGUGAUUGAAACAGAUGUCUAUGUCAACAGCAUUGGCCCAGUUGACCCUAUCAAUAUGGAAUACACUAUAGAUAUCAUUUUUGCCCAGACUUGGUAUGACAGCCGUCUAAAAUUCAACAGCUCAAUGAAGGUGCUUAUGCUCAAUAGCAACAUGGUUGGAAAGAUUUGGAUCCCAGACACUUUCUUCAGGAACUCCAGGAAAUCUGAUGCUCACUGGAUCACGACUCCAAAUCGUUUGCUUCGAAUCUGGAGUGAUGGAAGAGUGUUAUACACUCUAAGGCUGACAAUUAAUGCUGAAUGUUAUCUUCAGCUUCAUAACUUUCCUAUGGAUGAACACUCCUGCCCACUGGAAUUUUCAAGCUAUGGUUAUCCCAGGAAUGAAAUUGAAUACAAAUGGAAGAAAACCUCUGUUGAAGUGGCAGAUCCAAAAUACUGGAGAUUGUAUCAGUUUGCAUUCGUAGGGUUACGAAACACCACUGAAAUUUCUCAUACCUUAUCUGGUGAUUACAUUAUUAUGACAAUCUUCUUUGAUCUCAGCAGACGUAUGGGAUAUUUCACUAUUCAGACAUACAUUCCUUGUAUCCUCACAGUUGUUCUUUCAUGGGUGUCUUUUUGGAUCAAUAAGGAUGCAGUUCCUGCAAGGACUUCUCUGGGCAUUACAACGGUGCUGACCAUGACAACAUUGAGCACAAUUGCUCGGAAGUCUCUCCCAAAGGUUUCCUACGUGACAGCGAUGGACCUUUUUGUUUCAGUUUGCUUUAUUUUUGUCUUUGCUGCCUUGAUGGAAUAUGGCACCUUGCAUUACUUUACCAGCAACAGGAAAGGCGACAAAGGCAAAGAAAAAAAGGCAAAAUCUAAGCCAUCGAGACCACCUGCAAUUGCUGUUCGACCCGGCUCGACGCUAAUUCCAAUUAAUAACAUUAAUCAUCUCCCUGAACGUGAUGAUGAUUACGGCUAUGAGUGCCUAGAAGGGAAAGACUGUGCUAGCUUCUUCUGUUGCUUUGAAGACUGCCGCACAGGAUCUUGGAGGGAAGGAAGGAUACACAUCCGCAUCGCAAAAAUUGACUCCUACUCCCGAAUCUUCUUCCCAACGGCCUUUGCAUUGUUCAAUCUUGUCUACUGGAUUGGCUAUCUCUACCUAUAGGUUUCAGAGGUUGGGCAAACUCAGAAACAAAAACAACCCCCAAAACCCCCAACAUGCUAAUUGAACACGCUAAUUAAUGCUUUAUCGAUCAGCAGUCAAAGGUUAGAACUGGUCCAAACAUGAGGAGAGGAAAUAGGGUGAUGUAGUCUCCCUCUUGUGAUCAACCCUAGAACUGAUAUUGGUAUUUUGGAGAGGAGACUCAAAAAUUAGGUAUUCCUAUGAUUUAACUUGCCUGAACACACACACACACACAUUUUUGUCUUGCAGAGUUAAGAGGCUAUGUUAAUCAGCCAGAUGGUUCCACAUAAGCUUUUGAUUUUAAUCCUAAUGAUAAUGCAGAUGAAAUUUGUAGCAUCUCUAAGACCUGUGCAGAGAAAGCCUUAAUAAAAUGGGAUUGGUUAUUCUCAUCCAUUUCUAGCCAUAAGGUGAUGAUUUCAUUAAUCCCUGCUUGA